AUGGAGCUGCCAACGGUGCAAAAGGGUCAGCGCAAGCUGGUGAAGAUCAAGGAAGGCCAGGUCUUCUGCCUCCCCUCGCGCAUUCCACACUCGCCGCAGCGGCCGGAGGCCGAUAAUGUGGCAGGGAGAGGUUGGAUGGCAAAACGAUUCACGUCUCCCAGGUUGCAAUGA